UCGUCUCGACACCGCAACCUUUCGAGUAGCCGCCGGCUUCGAUCCUUCGAUCCGAAGGCCGCCACGACCGCGUGUCCAUGGCGGAGGAGGCUUCCAUUGAUCGGGAUGGCGUCGGAGGAGAAGGACCCUCCACGGCCAAGGGCAAAAAGCACAAGGGGAAGCACGACAAGCCCAAGCCGUGGGACGAGGACCCUAAUAUCGACCGCUGGAAGAUCGAGAAGUUCGACCCCUCCUGGAACGAGGGCGGGAUGCUCGAAGUCAGCUCCUUCUCCACCCUCUUCCCUCAGUACAGAGAAAAGUACUUGCAGGAAGUAUGGCCUAUGGUGAAAAGUGCACUAAAAGAACAUGGCGUCUCAUGUGAACUUAAUUUGGUUGAGGGAUCUAUGAAUGUCUCAACUACUCGAAAAACUAGAGAUCCAUUCGUGAUUAUCAAAGCUAGGGAUCUGAUAAAGCUUCUUUCACGUAGUGUUCCUGCACCUCAGGCAAUCAAGAUCCUUAAUGAUGAGAUGCAGUGUGAUAUUAUUAAGAUUGGGAAUCUCAUACGCAACAAGGAACGAUUUGUGAAGCGGAGAGAACGCCUUUUAGGACCCAAUCUGUCUACUCUGAAGGCCAUUGAGAUCUUGACGGGGUGCUAUGUGCUAGUGCAGGGAAACACAGUUUCAGCCAUGGGUUCAUUUAAGGGUCUGAAACAAGUCCGAAGAAUAGUGGAAGAUUGUAUCCAAAAUCAGCUGCAUCCUGUUUACCAUAUCAAGACCCUUCUGAUGAAGCGAGAACUUGCCAAAAAUCCAGCAUUAGCCAAUGAGAACUGGGAUAGGUUCCUUCCAAAAUUUAAAAAGAAGAAUGUUAAGCAAAGGAAAGUGAAGGCCAAGGAGAAGAAACCUUAUACCCCGUUUCCUCCACCUCAACAACCAAGCAAGAUUGAUCUUCAAUUAGAAAGUGGUGAGUAUUUCUUGAGUGAUAAAAAGAAAUCAGCAAGGAAGUGGCAAGAGAAGCAGGAAAAACAGACAGAAAAAGCAGCUGAAAACAAGAGAAAACGAGAGGCUGCUUUCAUUCCACCAAAGGAACCUUCCUCUCAUUUGACUGAUUCUAAUAAUUCUGACAAGAACACGAGUGAUCUGGCUGCCAUGACAAAGUCCUUGAAGGACAAGGCUAAGGGCUUAAAAAAGCUUAAAGCACACGACAAUGUCAGAGCUGAAUCAUAUAUUGCAGAUGCUGAAAGUUCACGUCGGAAGAAGAAGCACAGGUCGUCUUCCAUGACUGAAUGAUGAUAUAGGUUAAGGAAAUUGUUAACGUGGUCUUUUGCUUGUACUGGUGCUUUUCAUAAUCUAGUACUUCUUUUUCAGUUAGUGAGGCCAGUAUCUUCUUGAAACAACUAUCUAGUGCCACCACCGUAGAAUUAAUGUAAACAUUAUCAGGUUAUUGUUGUGUUUGUGCCCUCAUGAUUCUUAAGUAAACAUCAUGUGUAGGUGUCUUCAGAAAACUGCUCAUGAUAUGUAUGGCGCAUUAGCUGCAUCUUGAUUCCA